AGGAAAAGAUCCUAAUCACUCCUACACGCCUUUUCUUUUCAUCUAUGUUACCAGUAUCAUGCGGUUCUAGACAACCAAAACCUACCCUUCUAGCUAACUUAGUCCAAAUCUCUAAAUUAGAAACAGGGUCCUGUCUAAAGGGUGCAAUAGGCUUCCUCUGGCGCAAUUAUUCGACUAAUAAAUACCGUAGGAGCCGAUCUAUGAUUUUUAUUUUCACACAAGCCACGGAGAAAGUAAUUAUCAUGGCCCACGCUGGAAUAGAAUGUACUAGUAUUAUAGAGUACCCAGUACGUUUUUAUCAAAAAGCCCAUUGCAACGUUAUUCAGGGCACUGAUUUCAAACUCCUUGGCAGGAUCAUAGUACGGCAAAAGUAAAAGAAGCUUCGUAAAGGCGCCCCUUGCAAAAUUACCAGAGGAAUUAAGGAUUCUUCCUAAAUUCCGAUAAUUCGGAUUUUCUAAGAGCCCUGGGUGGAGGGCAGGGUUGGUUCCACAUUGUGCUUUCUUGAGCAAAAAGACCUAGCUCCAUGAAUAGUCUUGGCGCCAAACCUGCAUCCCACUAUGACCCCUCAUUUGAUUUACUUCCCUCCUCCUCUCACCACACCUCAUCCGAAAAACAGCGUACCUGACUUGGUCAUAACACUGAUUCGCUCCCUUCUUCAAGAGCUGCUUCAAAAUAAGGAUACGAAUUAAUAAGGCUCGCGCAUCAUGGGUAGGUUCUUUCCUGUGGGUUUGUGGUGUGCGGGGGGAUCAAAGCUAAUGGCGGGGUUUGCAGCCAAUUUCGUUGGAGUUGCGAGUAUAAGCCCCCGAAUCCUACUUCAAAUGAUGAAUGCCUUUAGGACACUUCACUGAUAACGCUUAUUCACAGCUGAGUUUGCUACCUGGUACUAUAAAACCAUUGAUGGGACGGAUAGAUCGGGGCUCUCCGUCGUCUAUGUUAGCUCUUCUCCUUGUGCACUUCUUUUACCUUGCGAAAACUAACACAGACUAGAGACCUCACUCCAUGAUGACUUUUGAGACCAAUCAAGUCCAAGGGGUCGGAGCUAUUAAGGAAAAGCUUAUUGUAGGACUAGUAUUGCUUCCCGAAUGUGUUAUAAAUAACUGACUUAGUGGUAUAGUCUCUACCUUUUCAGAAAUUGAAUCAUCAGAUCAGUACUCUCGAUGCCCACCCCAGUGGGGAAUCCGGCAGCAUAAUUGUUCUGAUCACCGGGCAGUUGCUGGUUAGUUUCCGCCUCGUUUCUUUAACCGGCUUUCUGGAUACUCAUGAAUAAUGGCGGACUCUUAGAUCGAUGACAACGAACACCCUCAAAAAUACUCUCAGUGUUUCCAUCUCGUGCCCGAGGGCGGCACCUACUAUGUUCUCAACGAUAUAUUCAGACUUAUCUAUGGUUAAGCUCAGAGCAAUGCCUUCCUUCUCCCUCAAAACCAUAAAUGUUCCACUUAUUCCCUGCGUUUCGUUUCGCUCUCUUUUUUGUUCCGUUUAAGGUUCGUUUCUCCUGUGAUACUUCUACCCCCCGAUUUCCGGGAAACAGGUGUCGUGAGGCAAUGCCAGAAACAAAUUCCCUUGGUACUUUCGUAGGUCCCCCUACCUAGCCUAUUGCGACCUUGUUAUUCUAUGGCGUUGUAUCAUACCAGUGGGGAACCCCAUUUGAUAGAAACUUUUGUUUCCUAUUUCCUACCUUCUCUCUCUCUUUCUUUUUUUUUUUUUACCCCCUAAGACAGUAUCUAUCUGGGACCUCAGGAAGGGAGUAGUCAUGGGUUCCGGCCAGGAGGAGAGGAGGAGAGAAAAAGUAACUCUAACCUGCGGGAAUAAAUGUUUAUCCGUUCUAAGAACUAUCUACUGUACCCAGGCAUUGUGCCCGGUUACCAGAAUACGUAUGGCAAGGGCAGCCUGCUGGGGAAGAGAUAUUUGAUGUAGGGCGUGGUACAUACCGUAGCCCGUCGAAGAUAUUCGCGAUUUUCAAACCAAACUGCCACACGACGUGUCUGUAUUGAGUGGGAGAAACACUUUAGUCAGAGUAAAACAAUUUGGGGAGGAGCAAGUACGGCAUGAUACCGUGCACUGACUGUAGAGCGCAUGUGGAGAUAAACGGAAGGAAGAAGCCGAGAGAAAUAGUAGCGCCGCCUUAGAACGUGAGCGAAAUCCUAGCUGUGAAGUGGUAGCCACGCUGCAAGCUCGUGCCCAUACCGUGCCUGUACUUCGUAGUUUGAAAUUCCCUGCUCUGCUUCCAUGCCCGGCCGAAACGCAGAGUGAAAUGGUGGGCUGAACGCUUGGAUUUUGUGGUAUGUAAUUCGGAGCCUGCGUCCAGAACUCGCCCCAUAUUUCGGAGGAACAGUUUCUAGUCGACCAAAGGUUCGGAAAGGGUCAACUCACAGGGAAAAAUUGAUUGCCGUACCCGUACUUUAUGAC